UGUGCCAGUGGCACGCACCAUUGGGUUGUCUCCGGUGGCCGUGGGAACGCGGCUCCGGGGGCACGACCGCGUUCACCGCCCAACCGGAGCGGAAGGCCUGGGAGUGUGCAGCAGUACCGUCCGAGGUCGCCGGCGUGUGUGGUGCCCCAGGGGAAUGCCACUAACUGUGCCCCUGUUGAAAAUGCUGCUGAUACACACACAGCACCAGUGAAUCAAGGGUCAUUGGAGAAACAGAAACCUCCCAAUUUGCCUGAUCAGAGUGACACUCUGACCUUAGAGUCUGCUAAAGGAGCCAGGGCAGCGAAUUCUACGACACAAACAAUACACUCAGAAGAGCAUUCCUCCACUGCAUUUACUCUUCAGUUUGGAACUUUAAGCCCAGGAGUCAUUAACACACAAUGUGAUCCCUGCUCGGCCUCAGCCCCUUCAGAUAUGAAUGAGAAUAAACUCAAAAAGGCACACCAUGAAUUACUAUCUGACAAGCCUAAUAUUGUGUCCUUACCAUCUGGCCAAGAGCAGCAAAAGCAGGAAGCAACAUUCUCAUCUAAUUCCUGUAAAGUACCUGAGUCUGAAUUACCUCAGACGCCAGUGCUGCAUUCUGUUCCUCCAGCUGACAAAGUGUGUAUGGAUUCACGCAAGGUGUUUCCCAGAAAUCCAUCUUCCCCAACCCAUCAACAUUGGCAAAAACAAGACACAAGAAAAGAUGCAAUCAAUGCCAACCAAUCUGACACUGUGAGCAAGUAUCCUGCUAUGAAGCCCAAGAUGAGUGUCCAGAUUCCGCCCCAGUAUGCUCCCAACAUAGGGCCACCGCCGUUUAUGCUUCCAGUAAAUGGAAGACCGCUGCAUGUGGCUUACCAGCAGAAACAACCUCAAGUGCCUGUUGAAUUCAGGGGCCCGGGUGUGCAAAUGCACCCUAUUGGUUCUGUAUCUGGCUCCUUGCCCGUGAAAAUGGCCAUGCCUAUGGGUAACACACCUCAUGUACCACCAUUUUUUGUUCAUGGUGCUCAGCCUGGUGCAUUGCAACAGCCAGCCUUCAUUCACCAAGGACAAGAUCUUGGACGUGCACCUCCAGCUUCUCCUCACCUUUCUCAACUGGGUAACAUGAUGAUUACACAAGAGCUAUCCCAGCAGCAGCCUAGAAGUUGUGAUGAGCAGAAGAGAACUGUCCGGAUAACUCAUCCAGACACACAUGAAGAGCUCAUGCUGAAUAGACGUGGCCAUCCCUAUAUGGAUGCUUCUUCUGGACAAAUGCCUCUGCAUAAUAUGAACCAGCCACCCCAGCAUGUCCCAACAUUUCAGCCCCUUCAUAAGGUGUAUUACCAGCCAAAUGUGUACAAUACAGGACACAUCUAUCUUCCUAACACCAGUACUGUUCCUGUUUCAAACAGGCAAAUGCGGCCCAAAAUGCACCCCCCAAGCCAUAGCUUUGAACCCACUAUUAACCAGGCAGUUACUUCCAUCAGUCCUCCUAUGCCAAACCCUUGGCUUGAUGCUAAUUCUAGGCCGCCGACCAAUUUACACUCUGCUUCAGAAGUCUCCAGUUUCAAAGGCUUACUGCCAUUUGAUAUAUCUUCUCCAGGUCAAGGUGCACUAAAGCUACCCACCGUCUCCAUUGUUGAAAAUAAUGAAUUAUCAUCUCAUACAAGCAUACCUUCUUGCGUGGCAGAAACUCCCACAUCGUCAAGGUUUUCUGGGGAAGCAAAUCUCAAACUACCAGCUGCAACAUCUGGUAUACAUUGCAGCAUGAGUCCUCAAUCAGUUUUAACCCAGCUGACACAAACUGGUCCAGCUUUAGUAGAUGCUACAUCAACUGCAGGUCCUCAAAUUAUCUCAUCCUGCAACUUAACUCCGGCAUGUGUAGUGGAUGGUACAUCUUCUGUUGAAGAAAAACUCGUUGGUGUAGAAGAAUCAUCACCUGUACCUGCAGCAACUUCACCAUGCAGUGUCAAAGGCCAGUCAUAUCCAACUGUGUCUCUGCAGUCUGAGACAUCUCUGGAUACUGAGACUUCACUGGAUAGUAAGAAUUCCAUAUAUGAAGGUGAUAGCAUCUUAGGGAAGCCUCCGCUGAUAUAUGCACAGGAAAUUCUGCCACCAAAGUUUCCAGCAACUAGUUUAUUUCCUGAAGGUCUUAAUACCAAAGUUGACCCUGUUCCUUUUCUAGAAGAAACUUCUGAAGCAAAUUGUUCAGUUGCUUUGAUGAGAGAAGAAUAUAUUGUAAAUGCUGAUCUGAUGUGCUCCAAGUCUAAGGCAGAACGAGUUGAUGUAACCAUGUCAGGUGCUGCUUCUGGAUCGGAGAAUAGUACUGAUCUUAGUAAAUUGGUACGAUUUCCUGCAUGUGCUGAACCAGGUCUCUUGCUAUCCAUUGGCGAUCUUCCAUCAUCAAAUAAAAACUGCGGACCUUCUGCAGAUGCACAAAUUGGACCAUGUCAACCAGAGAACAAAUUGAAAGACGGUAUACAAGACACUGCAACUAUUCCCAGGAUUACAGCUAUUGAUUCCGAUUCAGCCAGCUCUCGCAGGGAAAUAGAACAUGAAAGUAUUGAUUCAGGCGUAUCUAAUAAUUGCUCUGCUGCCGCUUCCACAACGGUGCAAACGGAAAAAACUGUUUUGGAAGCAACCAAAACGAAAACUACGCAUGGAAGAAGAAAAAGGAAAAAGGAGAUACAUGCUAAGGCUGAUGAACAAAAGUCUUCUGCUAUUUAUAAUGCAUCCAGUUCCCUUAAUGAGAACUUUGCAAGCAUUAGAAUAGAAAAGGUUGUUCAGAGUUCUUCCACAGCUGAUCUAAAGGAGAUCUGUACACUAGAUGCUGAAAUGGGCACUCCGGCUGGUAGCAGUGAUGAUAACCAGAGCAAAAAUGACUUUUCCGAUUGGGAAGGUGAUGCGGAAAUCUCUAGUGAAAAGUUGAGAGUCGAUAGCUGCAAGAAUUCUAACACUGGAGCAGAAAUAAACAAAGAUGGGUAUGACCAGAAAAGAUACUCCCGAGAUUUUCUUUUGACAUUUGCACAUAGCUGCAUUAAUCUGCCGGAAGGUUUUAAGGUUGGAUCUGAUACUUAUGAUGCAAUAAUGAACGUCAGUAGUGAACAUGAUCCAAACCGGGCAAGGAUAAAAGAUCAAGUAUCAGCUAUUUCCCAAGUUAACCGACAUAUGCGUAGCACCAAGUUUGAAGAGAAUUACUGGAGAAAAUCGUAUCCUUCUCCUGUUUCUGGACGUGAUCCACUCCCUGACAUUGCUCAUCGACCUGCUAUUUCUAGUUGGGAUGCAGCACAGCGUGGUGGACGUGGAUCCUCAAGAAGUGUCUCGCAGAACCAGUCACCCAGCCAGUAUACUGGUGAGAUUCUCUCCAGAGCUGUGAAAGAAGUAGCAUGUCAACGCAGCAUGUCACGUGGUUCUGUUGAUCAGAAGUGGCAACAUAGAACUAAUCAGGGUACGUCAUCUUCUCAAGUACCAACGCCACUUAUGCACAAAGCUGAGAAAAAAUAUGAAAUCGGUAAGGUGUCUGAUGAGGAAGAGGUAAAGCAGAGGCAGCUGAAAGCUAUUCUCAAUAAGUUGACCCCUCAAAGUUUUGAAAAACUUUUCGAACAGGUCAAGCAUUUGAAUAUUGAUAACAUAGUUACACUUAAUGGAGUCAUUUCUCAGAUAUUUGACAAAGCCUUGAUGGAACCUACUUUUUGUGAGAUGUACGCCAGUUUUUGUUAUUCGUUGGCUGGUGAACUACCAAAUUUUGUGAAGGAUGAUGAGAAAAUCACCUUUAAGGGACUUCUCUUAAAUAAAUGCCAAGAAGAAUUUGAAAGAGGGGAACGAGAGCAAGCUGAAGCUGACAAGGCUGAAGAAGAGGGGGGAAUUAAACAAUCUAAAGGGUUGAGAGAAGAGAAACGGCUCCGAGCACGGAGGCGCAUGUUAGGAAAUAUCCGUUUAAUUGGCGAACUGUACAAAAAGAAAAUGUUGACUGAGAGAAUAAUGCAUGAAUGCAUUAAAAAAUUACUGGGUGAGUACCAACACCCAGAUGAGGAAAACCCAGAUGAGGAAGAUCUAGAGGCAUUAUGCAAAUUGAUGAGCACAAUUGGGGAGAUGAUUGACCAUUACAGGGCAAAGGUGCAUAUUGAUUUUUAUUUUGACAUUAUUCAGAAGCUGUCUGCAAAUUCAAAGCUAUCAUCCCGUAUAAGAUUUAUGCUGGAAGAUGUGAUUGAUCUUAGAAACAACAAGUGGAGGCAGAGAAGGAAAGUUGAAGGGCCAAAGAAGAUUGAGGAGGUCCACAGGGAUGCUGUUAAACAGAGAACAAGCCAAUCAACUAGGUCAGGUUCUUCUCCCAGCUAUAACUCAUCCAGUACCUCCAUUAGCUCAGCAUCAAGACCAGGGCCUCCUCUGGAUUAUGGUGUUCGUGGAUCUUCUGCUUCUCGUGGAUCCUCCCAAGUCCGUGCUUAUGGAUCCCAGAAUGUUAAUCUAGAUACUAGAUAUCAUACUUCAAACAGAGUCAUGUCAGUUCCACUCCAUCAAAGGCGAUCUGAUAAAUCCAUUCGGCUUAGUCCUCAAGGGGAAUUAGGAAGAGAAAUGUCACUUUAUGGGAAGCCGCAAGCUUCACAUAACAUUUUGCCAGAUGUUCCACUGAGCAGCCAUCAUGGUCAAGCAUUAAAAAGCCCAAAACAAAGUUCAUUUGCAGGAGCAACAAGUAGCCAAACAAACUUCCAUGCCACUGCCGAUACUCCUAAAAGUCAGUCCUGGGGAACUGCAGAUCAUGCUAUACCUAUACUGGUGACCCCUGUCAAUCCUGUUAGCCAAAUGCAUACACUGUCCGCAGACAUUAAGGGUAUUUGCUGUGAAGCAAGAAUUUUUCCGGAAGAGAUUCUUCAAGAAAAAGCUAUAUUAACCAUAAAAGAGUUCUACAGUGCUAAGGAUGAAAAGGAGGUUGGUCUCUGCAUGAAAGAACUGAAUGCCCCGAGCUUCUACCCAUCACUUGUAUCACUUUGGAUCAAUGACUCGUUCGAAAGGAAAGACCUGGAAAGGGAACUCUUGGCCAAACUUUUGGUGAACUUGUGCAAGUCUCAGGAGAGUUUGCUAAGCCAGAGCACGCUACUCCAAGGGUUCCAACAUGUUGUUUCAACCUUGGAAGAUGCCGUGACUGACGCUCCGAAAGCAACCGAGUUCUUGGGGCGUUUGUUUGCCAAAAUCAUACUGGAAGACGUGCUCUCUCUGACGGAGAUAGGAGUAUUGCUGCAGGAUGGCGGAGCCGAGCCGGCGGGUCCUGCGCUGGACCAGAGCCUUGCUUCCGAGGUCCUGCGGAGCAUGCUGGAGUCGAUAAGGGUGGAGAGGGGCGACUCUGCUGUGGAUGAGAUCCGUGCAAAGUCCGACCUGCAAUGGGAGAGCAUCAGGCGUCCUGGUUUGUGCGUCUGAAUUGUCUCUUGACCAUGAGCAAGAAAUGGUUAGAUAGGUACCGUUUUCUUUUGUUAUGUUUCUGGAUCUAACCUUAGGAAGAAAAAGGAAAGGUCACAAGAAACUUCUGUUGG